AUGCGGUUUAGAGUCAAUUUGGACUAUUAUUGGAACACCGGCGCGUUGAUAGUAUUUUUUGAGCGGACUUCACGAGUCCUCGUACAUAAGUGUGGGCAACGUUUGAAACCAAAAGACACGAGAAUGUUCUACCUUCAGGUAAUAUUGCAUUGGGAUCGGAAUUCAUGUUCUUGUUUGCGUCUAGCAUAUAAUCAAUUAUCCAAAUCUUCUGGCGAAUUCAGUCCUUACCACAUCAAGCAUUCCUACGUCGGGACGUCGCCAUGGAGCGAAUCGACUCUUCGAGAACAAAUCGAGCACAAGUCGAUUACACACACAUUAUCAGCGACACAACGGGGCAACUUUUGGAGAGGGAAUUGUUGUAUGUCAUAUUGGGGGAUGCAAUGA